UUCCACACUGGCUGCAGGAUCCCGCUGUCCUGCAAUCAGAUACUCAUUUACAGGGACAAUUGUGUCCCUGGGCACCUGAGGCUCUCACUGCUCAGAGCUCAUGCUAACAAAGGGCUCAGAGGGCAGGUGGGAAGCGGCACAGGGCUCUCAGUACGCUUUAUCCCUCUUUUCCUCAACCCCUGCUCAGAGGUCUCAUCCCCUCCCCUUGCUCCAAGGCACUGCUGGGACUUGGCCGUGCUCUGGGCUCUCUGCCUCAGGAUGGGCAGUGCUGCCAGGUGCCUGUGAAGUCUCUCGGGUUACCAGCAGCUUCCCCUGGUAGGUGGCUGGAGAGCGAUGCCUGGCCUGGUUUCGUUUGUGAAAGCGCCGGGAAUGUCACAGGAUCCGCUCUCCCCGAGCGAGAGGAGGAGAAAAGGGCUCUGUGUGCUGCUCCCCUGGGCAGGACGGGGUGGGCAGCUGGGCUGUGCGGGCAGCAGAGCCCCACUGUGCUGCCAUCACCCCUUCGGGGUGAGCUGGGAGGGAAACAUCGAGGUGUGGGGGGGAGAUUUUGGCCGCCGGGAAAGAGCUUUGAGGGCAGGAGUGUUGAGGGGGGGACGUGGUGCUGGUUUGGGGGCUGUGAUGGUGCUGGAGCUCUGCUGGCCCGGGGCGGCUGUGCUCCGAUGUCCCACUCCAACCUCCCGGUGGCCCCUUUGCCGCGGCUUGCAAAGUAUCUCACAAAUGCUGAACUUGGCCCCGAAAUCUAAAUACGAGGCAGGGACAGUCCCCAGAUGGCCUAAAUCAGCAGCACGGUUGCCUGGCCCAGCUGGGGAGCUCGCCGGGAGUGUUUGUUUUAUGGAAAACCAAAGGCUGGAGGAAUGCCGGCCUGGAAGGAGACUCGGGAAGGGGAAGGCGUUCGUGCCGAGCACACGCGCUCAGCAGGGCACGCACGGGAUCCUGCGAGGGAGCGGGUCCUGCUCGGGCUGUGCCUCUCUGGGGUGGUGGGAUCCUACACGGGGCUGGACAGGGAGUGUGGCCACGUGCCACCAGUGCCCAGGCCGGCCCCAUAUGGAAGCCAUGCACGGGAGGGCUGGGCACCGGGACUUUGCACCCACUUGGGGUCAGAGUCCAUCCUGCCCGGCCGCAGCCUGCCUGAGGUCCUGUUGCUCCUGCAGGGGACAGGGGGGAGUGACCCGUCCGUGACGCCGGUGGGAUCCCAGCCGUGGAGCGCCAGCUGUGAGCACCGGCCGGGCCGGCGGGACACGGGUGCAGCUCUACCCAGCCUCCCCUCACCGCCACCAUGCCCAUCCUCAAGCAGCUCGUGUCCAACUCUGCCCACUCCAAGCGCCGCUCGCGGGCCGACCUGACGGCCGAGAUGAUCAGCGCGCCCCUGGGGGACUUCCGCCACACCAUGCACGUGGGGCGGGCGGGGGACGCCUUCGGGGACACCUCCUUCCUCACCAGCAAGGCCGGGGAGCCGGCGCCGGAGGCGGGCGAGGAGCCGGGAGCCUCCAAGCCCAGCCUGCUGUCCCGCCGCUUCCGCAGCAGCAAGCGCUCGCAGUCGGUGACGCGCGGCGACCGGCGGGACAUGCUGGGCUCGCUGCGGGACUCGGCGCUCUUCGUCAAGAACGCCGUGUCCCUGCCCCAGCUCAACGAGAAGGAGGUGGACAGGAGCGCGGGGCAGCUGCCCAAGAGCCUCUCCUCCAGCCCCGUCAAGAAGCCCGAGGAGAUGAGCCCCGAAGAGCAGCAGCGCCCGAACGGGGCGGCCGCGGGGCCGCUGAGCCCCAGCUUGGACGAGCGCGACUUCGGGGACAUCACGGAGCUGCCCGUGGUGGUGGCCAAGGGCGGGGCGGGCAUGAAGCACGCCGAGUCCAUCAUGUCCUUCCACAUCGACCUGGGGCCCUCCAUGCUCGGGGACGUCCUGAGCAUCAUGGAUAAGGAUCAGUGGGAGCAGGACGAAGACCCCGAGGCGGAGGAGAGCCACGAGGAGGAGGGGGAGGCCGCCCUGCCCGGCUCCCCGGUGGUGGCGGUGGCGGCCCCGCCGAGCCAGAGCCCGGCCCGUGGGCCCAGGGACAGCAGUCCAGCAUCCAGCUGCACCUCGGGGCCCGAGGAGCGCAGCCCUGUCCCCAGGCCACCGAGCCAGCGGGGGGGGCCCCCAAAACGCCCCGACAGGGAGUUCUCGUUUGCUGAUGAAGAUGAUGAUGAGAUACGAGUAUAGAGGAGGGCGGCCGAGCCGAGGGUCUGGUUCUCACUGCGGUUCUUGGACAUGGGGCUGAACACCCCGGUGCUGCAACGGUGGCACCAGGGGAGAUGUGACUCCUCCCUCCUUCCCUCUCCCUGUGCCGUGGCAGGACAGCGAUCUGCUCCCAGGGCCGGGGGCAUUCCCGACAGCUCUCAGCACUUCCUGGGAGGGGAAGGCAGACUCGAUUUUGGUUCUUUCUGUUGGACUUUGGAUAUUAGCUCUUUUCUCCUGCCCCCCUGCCCAUGUAAAGCAAUUUAGGAUCCAACAAGACGAGCCUUUGGAGUUCUAGCCCUUGUAGUAAUAUAUAUAUUUUUUCCGCCGUACGGUUUUUACUGUUUUCUGAUUUGUACUUAACUUUCUUUACUCUCGCUUUUGGUUUUAACGGAGGGGAGAUUUCCCGCGAGGAAGAACUUGGCUCUGGAGCUCAGAGGUGGCCCAGGACUGUGGGCAGCUCCGCCUCCCUGGGUUUCUUGUGAACUUUCUGCAGACCAAGAGCCUCCAGCCCUGUGCCAUGGCAGGUGCUCGGAUGCAUGGAUGGAUGGAUGGAUCCAUCCCAGAUGCUUGACCCUCCAACCAGCCCGGGGGUCACCGGGAUGCCCCCAGCCAGCCCAGGCACCAGCUGCUCCUGGGGGUGCUGAUGGAAGUGUGGGUCUGUGCCCCAUGGGAGGAGCACCUGGAAGCCCCCUGAGCCAGGGAGCCCCGAUGUCCCAGUGCUGUGGGGCCGGUGGGGCCGGGCAGCGCCGACGCUGGGCUGGUGCAGGCGGCUGGAACAGGUUUUAUACCAUGUAUGUACAGAUGCAAAGAAUAAAAGGAAAUGGUAGUGACUGCA